AUGGAUCCGGGGCGUCGAGCUAUGAUUUCUGGCCGUAAGUCUCCCCCUCGCCGUGACAUCACCGCUCCCAGACGUGAUGCCAAUACCAGGAUCUCAAAGCCUCAGCGGUCGUUCCAGCCAAACACUACGAGUACUGCUCGACAAACCUAUCUCAGCCAAGACGAACAAUCGCAGCGUUUUGUCGCCGAUGAAGAUAAGUUUGUACUCAAGCAGUCCAAGAAGAAAGCGGACAUCCGCGUCCGUGAGGGGCGGGCCAAACCCAUCGACCUCUUGGCGUUCAAUCUCCGAUACGUAGAUACCGAUCGAGAUGUUUUCGACGACAACGAGAAGGAUGUCCAAAUCACCGUCCCUGCGCCUACCGCUGUCAUAGAAGCACUCAGUGAAGCGGAGGCUACCGAGCUGGAUUCCGAGAUUGCGUCAUACCACACGCUUGAGACAAAUGCUAGGAAUAGGGAAUAUUGGACUGCUCUACGGAGUCUGGUUACCGAUCAUAAGCUGAAGCUAAAGCCUUUGGCACCUGAGGGACGCGCGGUAAGCGCUGUCACGUCCGAUGUAGACAAGAUUUUAGGGCCAAAAAGUCUGCAACAACUGGAGAAGCUGGAAGGUCAAAUACAGGCGAAGCUUCGCUCUGAUGAAGUCAUGGACACCGACUACUGGGAACAACUCCUCAAAAGCUUGCAAGUGUAUAAAGCUAAGGCAAGACUUAGGAAAAUCUGCGAUUUGAUCCGGGACAACCAGCUCAAGUUGUUGGCGAAAAUUGACCCGGACAAAGCCGCGGGACUCGCGGCUGGAAACAUCAAUGCACAGCCCUCCUUGAAAGAUCAGUUUACAGUUUCAGCUGCCAUCAACCGGCCAAAACCGGCGGUUCCAUCUUCAUCUAGCACUAGUAGCGCGCCUCCUGGUACAGCAAGGUUUGCAUUCAGCGCGAAUGAGGAUUUCUCGCAGGCCACCAAAGCUUUGUACGAACGCGAAGUUGCGCGCGGUGUGAACGAAGAUGAGGAAAUCUUCACAGCGGAAGAAACAGUCUCGGGCAUGACGAAACCCCAGUGGGCUGAUAAAUAUCGACCAAGGAAGCCACGGUACUUCAACCGGGUGCAGAUGGGCUACGAAUGGAACAAGUACAAUCAGACUCAUUACGAUCACGACAAUCCACCCCCCAAAGUAGUUCAAGGGUAUAAGUUCAACAUAUUUUAUCCAGAUCUCAUCGACAAGACCAAAGCUCCUACUUUCAAGAUUAUCCGCGAACACGGGAGAAGGAAGGGCGAGUCUCUUGCCCCUGCGGGUGAAGAGGAUACAUGUCUCAUCCGCUUCAUUUCGGGCCCACCCUACGAAGACAUCGCUUUCCGCAUCGUUGAUCGCGAGUGGGAUUACAGCGCAAAAAAGGAUCGCGGUUUUAAGAGCAGUUUUGACAAGGUUUCCAGCCACAUCUGUUGUGUAACCAUGCACCACAUUGUUUCAGAAACCGGCACUCCUAUCUCCUACAUCACCUCAGGUUCACGCAAGUCGCACUUUAUUUAUUACCGAAAGUAG